AUGCUCAGAACUAGCUCUUUACUGAGUAAUAGAAGCCAGGAAAGAAGCAUGAAUUGGCUUGGGAUCCUUGGGCUGGUGGCCCUCUCAGAGUGCCUAGUCAUAAUCCCUCUAACGAAGAUCAAGACCAUGCGAAAAACCCUAAGGGAGAAAACCGUGCUGACUAAUUUCCUGGAUGAGAACACUGAUGACAGGUCCCAGAAUGUCGCCCGUGACAGGAAAUUCUCUCUUCUACCCCUAAGGAACUACAUGGAUGUGGCCUAUGUCGGCAACAUCACCAUUGGAACACCCCCUCAGGAGUUCAGGGUUGUCUUUGACACUGGCUCAGCUGACUUGUGGGUACCCUCCAUCUUCUGCUCCAGUCCCUUCUGCUAUACGCACAAUCUCUUCGACCCUCACUCGUCCAUCACGUUUCGUCUCUCAGCCCGGCAUGUCGACCUCAGCUACGGCUCUGGGAAAAUAAUUGCAUUUCUUGGCUAUGACACCGUUCGGAUCGGGAAACUUGUCAACGUGGUCCAGGCAUUUGCCCUGAGCCAUUUGCAGACUGGGUUUGAAAAUCCACUCUUUGAUGGCGUUCUGGGCCUGGGAUACCCCAGCCUCGGCCUUGAAGGGACCACCCCUGUCUUCGACAACAUGAGGAAACGGGGUGUCAUUUCUCAGCCUGUCUUUGCCUUCUACUUGAGCAGCAAGAAGGAGAAUGGCAGCGUGGUGAUGUUUGGUGGCGUGGACCACAGCUACCACAAAGGAAAGCUCAAGUGGAUACCAGUGUCUCGAACCCACUACUGGCAGAUAGCCAUGAACCGCAUCACCAUGAAUGGGACAGUUGUUGGUUGCUCCCGCGGAUGCCAGGCCAUUGUGGAUACUGGGACCACAUUGCUGCUUGGUCCAACCAGACUGGUCACCACCAUCCAGGAGCUCAUCACUGCCAAGCCUGUUGAUCGCAAGUACCGGGUUCCAUGUAAGAACAUCAGGCACCUGCCUAGUAUCAUCUUCACCAUCAACGGCCACAACUACCCAGUGCCUGCCAAAGCCUACAUCUGGAGGAUUGGUCGGGGCCACUGUAACAGCAACUUUCAAGGCGGCACAGAGAAUUUGAACCCGUCGGAGACCUGGGUCCUGGGUGACGUCUUCCUGAGGCUGUAUUUCUCAGUUUAUGAUCGGGGAAACAACAGGAUUGGCCUGGCUCCUGCAGUUACUUGGACCCAGGAAAGAAGCAUGAAGUGGCUUGGGAUCCUCGGGCUGGUGGCCCUCUCAGAGUGCCUAGUCAUAAUCCCUCUAUUGAAGAUCAAGACCAUGCGAGAAACCCUGAGGGAAGAAAAGCUGCUGACAAGUGUCCUGGAGGAGAACACAGAUGACACAUCCCAGAAUGCCACUCCUGAGAGGAAAAUUUCUGUUCAACCCCUGAGGAACUAUAGGGAUCUGGCCUAUGUGGGCAACAUCACCAUUGGGACACCCCCUCAGGAUUUCAGGAUUGUCUUUGACACCAGCUCAUCUGAUUUGUGGGUGCCCUCCAUCUACUGCUACAGUCCGUUCUGCCGUACACACAAGGUCUUCAACCCUCAUUUGUCGACCACCUUCCGGUCCUCGCCCCGGAAGGUCAACCUCAAAUACGGCUCUGGGAGGAUGGCUGGAUUUCUUGGCUAUGACACUGUUCAGAUUGGGAACCUUGUCAUCCUGGACCAGGCAUUUGGCCUGAGCAAGACACAGACUGGGUUGGACUAUGCACCCUUUGAUGGCGUCCUGGGCCUGGGCUACCCAAGCAUGGCCUUCCAAGGGGCAACCCCUGUCUUUGACAACCUGAAGACACAAGGAGUCAUUUCUCAGCCUGUCUUUGCCUUCUAUUUGAGCAGGAAGGAGAAUGGUAGCGUGGUGAUGUUUGGUGGGGUGGACCACAGCUACCACAAAGGAGAGCUCAAGUGGAUACCAGUGUCCCGAACCCACUACUGGCAGAUAACCAUGGACCGCAUCUCCAUGAAUGGGGAAGUUGUUGGUUGUUUCCGAGGCUGCCAGGCCAUUGUGAAUACCGGGACCACGUUGCUGCUUGGCCCAACUAGACUGGUCAUUGCCAUCCAGAAGCUCAUCGGUGCCAGGUCUUCUGGUCGAGAGUACCGGGUACCAUGUAAGAACCUCAGGCGCCUCCCUACUAUCAUCUUCACCAUCAAUGGCCACAACUACUCACUGCCUGCUAAAGCCUAUAUCGAGAAGGUGAGCAAGAGCCACUGUUUUCUUACUAAAGAAGGGACAAUGUAGAACUUCCGCCGGCUGGAGACCUGGAUCCUGGGUGACAUCUUCCUGAAGCUGUAUUUCUCAGUUUUCGACCGGGAAAACAACAGGAUUGGCCUGGCUCCUGCAGUGUAA